CAACCAACAUAAUCGACCUCACAGACGAAAACGAAGCACCAAACCAGCAACAAGUCGACGAAACUGCAAGUGGCAAGAGACAACGCUACGCCAUGUGCAAACACUGCAAUGUAGAAUUCGACGUCACGGAUAAUGCAGAGGAAGAUUGUCAAUACCCUGAUGAAAUUGAUUGGGAUGGCGACUUUUGGGCUGACCACGACGAAGAUUGUCAUGGCAAGAUUGAUCUCGAUCUCGCGGACGAGUACCCUGAAGGGUUUAUUUGGACGUGUUGCAAGGAAAAUGGAGAGGGGGAAGGGUGUCAGAUUGGUCCGCAUGAGGUUGAUGAGACAUACAAACCAAAAGAAGUCAAGAAGAGGAGGCUU